AUGCUCGCCUUCUUCACGCUGCUAUGGCUUCGACUCGCCGUUUGUGCUGCAGACACGACGCCGCCUGUGCUGCAAAUCGAAGACACAAAGCCCUUCAUCUUCCACGUCUUGAUGACUGUACGCCUGAACGAAAACGGCUUCGUGUCAUGUGCUGCGCUGGAAACGGCUACGAGCUACACCCCAAGUAUCAGCCAGAUGAAGACCGGUACGGGUCUUGAUGGCUAUGACUCCACGUCGGCAGUGGCCAACACCUACUACAACUUGGUGGUAGCCGUCCUUGCACCUGCGACGCUUUACGACCUGUACUGUUAUGCAGAGGACAGUUUCGUCAACGGGUUCACCUUGAGCCAAAUUGCGGCCACCAGGCAAGUCAUCGCAACUGCCUCCGGCGGCGACUACGUCGCGCCCGUCUUCAGUUACCUGCCACCGAACUUCGUUGUCGAGAGCACCGCAGUGACUGUGUACGUGCAGCUGAACGAGGAUGGCACUGUCUGGUGUGUGGCACGGGAGGAUACUGGUUCUGGUACGAUCACUCCCACCUCUGCAGAGAUCCUGCUGAACACCAACGUCGCUGCCUGGGCCACGACAACGGUGCAAGCGUCACAGAACUACCAGAGCUCCAUGCGACUUGCUGGUCUCUCGGAAGGCACAACCUACGACCUGUAUUGUUUCGCGCAAGAUGCAGCCGGCAACUACAUCGAUGGGACGCCGGCUUUGGCUUCAGACCCCAGCAAGAUUUCAGCCACCCGGCUGCCUUUUCAGACCCUGUCGAUUUUCAUCCCUUCGACCCUUAUCGUGACUGCCCCUGGCCCGGUGCAGUACCCUGUGAAACCAGCAGCUUGGAACACCUUCCUCCCUGCUUGCACCGGAGAGCCGCUUCUCGGGGAGCGAUGCGAGCGGGACGCGGAGAGCUGGCAGAAGCCCCCGCAGUAUCCGAAUCACAAGCUGAUCAGCCUGGACUCCCAUCCCUCCGACGGAUGCUUUGGCCAUCUCCCUCCUGCAGCUCGGGGAGGGGGGCCGUUUGUGCUGCUCCUUCGGAGAGGAAAGUGCGCGUUCGCGCGCAAGGCGCGGCGGGCCCGAGCGGCAGGCUAUGAUGCGCUGCUCGUGGUGGACCAACAGCCUGUUCAAUACUUCAGUACGCUCCCAGACAUGAUCGCAGACAGUGACGAAAAUCCUGGUAUACCCAGCUGGAUUCUGGGCAAGACGGACGGCAACGCGCUGUUGUCGACUCUGGCGUCGUAUACUGCAGGAUACGUGACACUGGACAUCACCGAUGCUUAUCGCAUGCCUGCCCUGGGCAUCUACCAGAGCGAUAUCUACGGCCAGAGGGUGUACAUGAAGCAAUGA